GCCCUUUUGUGUGUCACGUGAUCGAGGAUACCUUUGACCACUUGUCCGACACGCCCAUUGCGCAUCAUGUGACCGCGAUACCGAAGGAGUCACGUGAUCGCGCCGCCCGCGAUGGCGGCGAAGGGCCCUGAAAGAAACAAGCUGAGAUCGAAAAGGGCGCUUGCAGAGUAUUUUCAGAAAACUGGAGAGACAACGCUAAAAGCAGAAGGUGUUGAUGUCACAGCUGCUUGCCAGAGGAUUACCCGCUGCAGGGCAAAAAGGUGCAACAUAAAAGCCGCGAGAGGUGUUUCAGAGAGUGAGGAUGGGCACAGCCGAGCACAAGGCCUCAGUGUACAAAAUGGUGAAGAAGAAAGAGUUGGACACAUUCAGACUGGAAGUGAACACCCGAAGGGCGCUACAUCCACUACGGAAAGCAAGGAUGUGAUCGUGAAAGGCGUAAAAGCAGAGGAUGGUCUGAGAACCAAACAAAAGGGGUGCAGUGGGAAAAAUGCUCAGAAUAAAAAAACUGGAAGGAGCUUAGAAAAGAAGAGUCGAGAUAGCACCCAAAACAAGAGACGGAGAAGAGUGUGUAACAAAGAGGAAACUGAGUGCAUGCAGAACAAGAAAUUCUGCAGAAAGGCAGACAGGCAUGACACCGAUCGCCAGGGCGUAGGUGAUCAGAAUGCAGACCCUAUGGAUGCAGGAAAAACUCUGUUAAGAACUUCCAGGUCACGGUCAGGCACACAGCUCCGGUCAGUGACAGCUUGCUCACAAAGGGGGCUGGAGAGCAGAGCAAAGGAGGAACGUGUGCAGACAGGUUCUAGUGAUGCAUCUUCUGUAGAAUCUAAGGAAAAAACUAAUGGAUUGGAAAUAGGGAAAGGGACAGACCAAGGGAAUCCAGGUAACAAGGAUUUUAAACCUGACACUGAAACAGAAGCUAAUGUCUUGCAGCCAUGUGGGAAGAAAAACUUCACAGCAGUUAAAACUCUGCCAGCUCCCAGUCCACCUAGAAGGAAGGCCUUCAGAAAAUGGACGCCCCCACGUUCUCCUUUUAAUUUGAUCCAAGAAACACUUUUCCAUGAUCCAUGGAAACUUCUCAUUGCAACUAUAUUUCUCAAUAAAACUUCAGGUAAAAUGGCAAUUCCUGUGCUCUGGGAGUUCCUUAAGAAGUAUCCUUCUCCUGAAAUAACCAGGACUGCAGACUGGAAAGAAAUGUCAGAGCUGCUCAAACCUCUCGGCCUCUACGAGCUCAGAGCAAAAACUAUCGUGAGGUUCUCAGAUGAGUACCUGAGCAAGCGGUGGAAGUACCCUAUCGAGCUGCAUGGGAUCGGGAAGUACGGGAAUGACUCCUACAGAAUCUUCUGUGUCAAUGAAUGGAAGGAGGUGCAACCACAGGACCACAAGUUAAACGUGUACCACACAUGGCUCUGGGAGAACCGGGAGAAGCUGAGCUUGGACUGAGCCAAGCCACGACCUUCGGUGCUUGCCCACUUGCUUGUUGUGCAGUGGGUGUCCCUACAGCAUGUUCUUCAUUUAAAUGUCUGUGUGACACACACCCAGCACAGAUCAUUGUUGCAAUAAAAUGUUUAAGUCUCUGUAUUUUUUUAAUAAAUACAUCCCAGUUUUUGUAGCAUCUCUUCAUUCGUGGCUGUGGGCCAGCCCCUGGGCCCCUUGGUGUUUGCUGGCGGAAGCAAGCUUCGCUUCCAACCACAGCCACCUUCCUGCGUCUGCUGGAUGGAGGUUAUUCACUGCUCUCUGGAAAAAAAGCACUUUGAAAACAAAAUCUCUGCUCAGGUCUUAAAUGAUUAGGAUGCCUUUUUAAGAAGUACUGUCUUUGUUCUCAGUUGAUCUUGAAUGCCAGAGGAGUACAAGAGUAGGUUCUCAGAGGCAAACAGCAUGAUCCCACCUUCCUCCUACCAGACCA